ACAAGAGUAUGGAUUCUGGAAAGACUAAUGAAGCACCCAAUGCAAAGCUGGUUCGUGACUUUGACUUGAACAUUUCAUAUGUGGAGGAGUUUGAUGUGAAUGCUGAAGACAAACUUUCAUCGCCCAUUCUCAUGAAUACUCAGCCGGCUUCUCAAAAUUGCAUUGAAAACAUGAACAUUCAGGAUGAAAUUGCAAAUAACGGGGACACAACUAUUCAAGCAAAUUCUGCUGCUAAGGGAGUUACCUCUGUCUCCUUUGCACCAGGAAGAAUCUCACAAUACCGUCGUCGUCGCCGCCGUCGCAGUGUAGAAUGUAAGCCGAGUACUGAUCCAGAUAGACUCUGCACAAAUACUUAUUGUAAAACAAGAAGAACUCCCUUGUGGCGCAAGGGACCUCUGGGACCAAAGACUUUGUGCAAUGCUUGUGGCAUUCAAUAUCUUAAGAUAGUGAAGGGUACAGGCAGUGGCCUCCCUGCUGCAGUUGCAGAUGAUGAAGGUGAUGCUUCUCCUGGUCCUGUCCCAGCUGCUGAAAUCGUGGAAGAAGGGGAUUCAAAUCUCUAAAUGAAGGGCCAAUGUGCUGCUCCACCUUUUGUACUUCAUGAUCAUUUCUCCAUUUUUGAAUUACAUAGUUCGACUAUUUGUGUGUUUCUCUUGCAGUUUGGGAUUUGUUUUUAUGGAUAAAAAUGAUAGAAUGAAGGCACUUUCAAUAUGCUAGGACUGCCAGCAUUCAAAGCCCACCCGUAUUUUGCUUUUCAAUAUAAGUAUCACAUUUUGGGGUGAUAAUCAUAUCCCCAUGACAUUAUAUAUGGUGGUUUUUCAA